AUGCCAGGCCUUCGAGAAGAUCUUUUUACAAACAUUCUGGACUGGAAUUGCAACAACUAUUUGGCCGUUUCCCUUAAACAGACAGUUUACAUUUGGAGUGCAGAAAAAGGCACGUGCAGGAGAAUCAGGGUCAACUUUUCAGAAUAUGAAAGAGCUUUUCUCACUUCUCUCUCUUGGAACGAAAGCGGCAAACUUCUUUCCGUUGGUACAAAUGGAGGGGAAGUCCUUUUACUUGACGCCGAGCGAACAAAACUGCUCAUCAGUUUUCGCAGCAGUGAAAAGAGCCACAUUUCAGCACUAGCUUGGAAUGACGAAGCCUUUUGCAGUGGUUCUGUUGCUGGAAAUAUCUGUUUGCACGAUGAGCGUCAACCAACUGAACAUGUGACAUACAUUGGUCGACAUCGAUCUAUGUUCAGUCUUAAGUUUUCUCUUCAUAAUUAUCUGGCAAGUGGUGGGAGUGAUGGUGUUGUUAAUAUCUGGGACAUUCGGAAACUAGCGAAAUGUAACAAGAUUGAAGCCCACGGAAUUACAAAGGCCCUGACCUGGUGUCCUUGGCGUUCAAAUGUCAUAGCCACUGGCGGUUACGAUGAAGACGGCUCAAUAAAAAUUUGGCACGCUUCCACUGCUAAAUUGCUGAGUCAAACAAAAAUUAAUUCUAAGGUAUGCAGUAUGAUUUGGUCACCCGAAUAUAAAGAAUUAGUGACGGGAUUAGCUGGUCCUAAUAUGAAAAAUCAGAUAGCUAUUUGGAAAGACGAAAGUCUGGAUAAUCUUGACUUAGUAGGAGCUUUAUGUCAACACGAUGGCCAACCACUGCACUUGGCUCUCAGUCCAACAGGAACAAUCCUAGCUUCUGCUGGCUCCGAUGAGAUAAUGUGCUUGUGGAACUGUUUUCCUUCUACUCGCAAAGGAUCUGAAGACGAUAUUUUCUCGCCUCUUUCGUUGCUGAAGACUGUCCGAUAG